GUGCUGUGCUCGUGCUCGUGCUCCUCCGGCAGCAGUGCAGUGCUCUUCUACAACCCCCACUUCAAUGUACCGGUCAAUUGUUCCCUCGUGGCGGACCCUCUGCUCCAAAUGUCUGCGGCAACAACUGCAGAAAAACCUCCUCCACCGUGACCACCACCGACGACCAUACGGCACCGCCGCCGCCCUCGGGAACUACGUCUCGCAACAAAACGUAGGUAGUAGUAGAAGCUCGAGCUUCAAUCCUGCUCUACACUCUGCGCCCAAUGCCGCUGCCGACGAUAAAACGCUGAGGGAGAUAUUCGACAACGCCGAGCUCUGGUCCCAAUUCCUGCGCAAAUCCGGCGACCCCACGGCCACGCGCACAGGGCUAUUCCACAACAAGGACCUGACGUCACCGCUGGGGUUCCGAAAGUAUGCGUCGCGGACACUUUCGAAGGCGAAAGCCUUGGUUGAGCAGAUCGUUAACGCGAGCACGCGCGAGGAGCUCGCGCGGGUCGUGCUCGACCUCGACCGCCUGAGCGAUCUGCUCUGCCGCGUUAUCGACAUGUCGGAUUUCGUGCGCGCGACACAUCCCGAUCGCAAGAUUGUCGCUGCUGCGAAUGAGGCUUAUGCCGCUAUGUUCGAGUAUAUGCAUGUCCUCAAUACGACGACGGGGCUGUAUACCACGCUUAAGAGGGCCCUGCAGGAUCCGGAGGUGGGAAAGAGGUGGACUGAUGAUGAGAGGACGGUAGCAGAGAUCCUGUUCAAGGACUUUGAGAAGUCGGGGAUUAAUCUGCCCGGGUAUGUGCGCAAGCGCUGGGUCGAGCUUACGAGUGAGAUUGCCGAGUUGGGGGCGGGGUUCGUUAAUGAGAUGGAGCCGGAGAAGGCGGUGCUGGAGUUCGAGAGCUCGAGGAUGCGAGGGAUGGAUCCGAUGGUGGUGCGGGAGCUGACGAGUCGCGGGAAGAUACGGAUUCCGACCGUUGGCAUGGCGGCGAAUCAUGCGUUGAGGACCGUCGAGGAUCCCGCGGUGAGGAGGGAGCUGUAUCUGGCCAAUCAUACCAGCUCGAAAAAGCAGAUUGGCGUGCUGGAGAAGCUGUUGAAGCGCAGGACGGAGCUGGCGACGCUGGUGGGCUGUGAGAGUUUUGGGCAGCACACGCUGAUGGAUAAGAUGGCGGGGACGCCGGAUGCGGUGAUGCAAUUCCUGGAAGCACUGGCGACAGCAAACCUGCCUGCUGCGCAGGCGGAGUUCAAUACGCUCACGAAGCUCAAACGAGACCAGGGCAUCGCUGGCACAUUGGAGCCAUGGGAUCGAGACUACUAUGCAAGCAAGCUCACGUUUGCGCUGCGCGACCGCUCGAAAUCAGACCAUGACCUGUCGGCAUACUUCUCACUAGGCACGGUGAUGCAAGGGCUCUCUCGGCUGUUCACGCGGCUGUACGGUGUGCGCUUCAUCCCGCGGGAGCCCUCACCGGGAGAGACCUGGAACAGCGACGUGCGGCGUCUGGACGUGGUCUCGGAAAGCGACGGCCCCAUCGCGGUAGUCUACUGCGAUCUCUUCGAGCGCAUGGGCAAGAACCCCAACCCGGCGCACUUCACCGUGCGCUGCUCACGUCACAUCCCCGAGUCCGAAAUCGCCGAGUCGGCGCUCCUCGGCGAGCGCGCCGACGACGGCAUGGCCUCCGCCAUCCGCGCCGGCACCUCCGACCUCUACCAGCUCCCGACCAUCGCACUCAUCUGCGACUUCCCGCGCCCCAUCAACCGCAAGCCCACGCUCCUCAACUUCCGCGAAGUCCAAACGCUCUUCCACGAGAUGGGACAUGCGGUGCACUCGAUGCUCGGGCGCACCUCACUGCACAACGUCGCGGGCACGCGCUGCGCAACCGACUGGGCCGAGCUCCCCUCGGUUUUGAUGGAGCACUUCGCGCGGGACCCGACGGUGCUCUCCCUCUUCGCACGGCACUACUCGACCGACGAGCCGCUGCCAUACGCGCAGCUACAGCACCGCCUCGCGCGCGACGAGCUCCUCGAGGCGUCGGAAACGCGGCACCAGAUCCUGCUCGCUUUGCUAGAUCAGCACUACUACACAUCCUUGCCGCUGGCGCGCGACUUCAGCAGCACGGCGAUCUACCGCCAGGUCGAGCGGCAGUACUCGCUGCUGCCGCACGCGGACGGCACUAGCUGGCAGGGCUUCUUUGGGCAUCUGUAUGGCUAUGGCGCUACGUACUACGCGUACCUCUUUGAUCGCGCGAUUGCGGCGAAGGUCUGGCGUGACGUGUUUGAGUUGGACCCCCUGCAAAGGGAAAGUGGUGAGAAGUUUAGUGAGGAGGUGCUGAGAUGGGGGGGUGCGAGGAGCGGCUGGAAGUGCCUGGCUGGCGUGUUGGGGAGGGAGGAGAUCAGUGAGGGCGGCGAGGAGGCUAUGAGGGAGGUGGGGAGGUGGGGGAGGGAGUUGAAGUAG